GGGGGAGAGAGAGGAGGCUGGGUCAACUGUCUUUACCCCCCCUUCUUUUCUCAGUUCAUCUGCACACACUGCUCCCGCUCAUUCUCUGCUGCUCACUUUGCUUUGUCGUUUUGAACCACGACUCCUUUCAGACAAACUCACCCAUGAGGAUACAGCACAAAGACAGAGGAAACAGGGAUAUACGCUGAGAAGGAUGAGAUGGUUCUGAAGGAGAUCAUCUACAGAAAAAGAGACUACCAGAAUUAGGCUAAACCAAUGGAGGACAUAGACGACAACAUUUCAUCUAUAGGGUUCGAGCCUCUCUUCAUCAAAGAAGAGGAUGGGGGGCCAGACAGAGCCAUCAUGGAACAAAGAGAGGACUCACCUGGACUCACCUUCACAGGAGCACAUCUGAAUUCAUCAACUUUAAUUAAGCCAUACUUACAGGAGAUGGAUGACUUAUUGAAGAGCUGUGAGGAGCUCACUGGUAUUCCCAUAGGCUCACACUUCUCAGAAAGUUAUACUGAAACAAGCAUGAUUGAAUCAAUUCACGGUCAGAGCAAAAAGGAAGUUACCAUGGAGAGCUAUAGAGAAACAAGUGUAUCCCCCCAAGCAUAUCUUUCCACCAGCUACAUUGACACACACAUGGAUGGGGCUGAAACAGAAGACCAGCCAGCACAAGGGCAGUUGCAGGGCAUGGGUGCAAUCAUCAACAGGUGUGGAGUGAAUGCAGAAGUUCCACGCCAGACAGAAAUGCCCAUCACUUCAGCUGGCAACAAACUGAGUGAAACCAUGGUGGAGUAUGAGGGCCAACUGCUCGGGAUGUUGGCCAUGCUGGAGAGCUGUAUGGAAGAGGCUGGGAUGGACUUUCAGCCACAAGACUGGGCUACAGAUGAAAGCCACGAAUAUGUACACAUCAGUAAGAAUCCUCAUCAUUACAGGGGUACAACGCUGGUGCCCAUUCAGCAAGAGAGGCCAGUGAAGUUGGAGACCCAGCCAAUGCAAUUAGGAUCCUGGGCUGCUCAACAUGCAGAGGGAGAUAAAGUUUCAGAGGACUGCUGGAAUGGAGUGACAGUAGGUUCAGCAACAAACAGAACUCAGCAGAGUCCUUCACUUGGCUGUGACAACAUGGGUGGCAACUCAAUGGAAAGACUGGAAAGGUCAGGGGAAUCACACCAAGGGGCUCUUGAACCACAGUUCAAGUUUUCAGGGUCAUCAGGGCCACUGGAUAGUAAUGAAAAUGAUCCAAUGUACUGUGAAGGGACAAAGACAAGAUUCCUGUUUGAUGAAAGCACUGAAACCAAAGCUGACAGAACUGGGACUGAGGUAGAUGACACUGAGAUGACUCCAGCUGAAGAGACAACAGAGCUCAAAAUGGACACCACUGAUCUGAGAUCUGGUACGAAUGAAUUAGGGGAGCUGGGGUCUCAGAUGGAGAAGUGCAUUGAUGAAGUACAGCAAUUGGAGAAGAGGAGGAAGGAGCUGUUGGCAGAAGUGCUGGAGUUACGAGGGAAUAAAAACAGAGAGGAUGCAGAAGGGAGCAAUGAGGAGGAAGAGGUAUCAGAAGAGCAAAUUGACAGCAAAAUGGCAGAGCUAAUGAAUAUCCUAAAGAAAGAGGAAGAGGGGAGAAGGGAGGAGAGGAAGAGGGAGAUUCGGAACCUCAGGGAGCAGAGAGCAGAGGAGGAGAAGAGUAUGUGGAAAGUCAACCUGGAAAGACAGGGGAUUCAAGAUGAGCUCAGAAAGCUCAAAAGGAGGCUCUUUGCCAUGGUCAGGGACUGUACCCACAGUCAGGCUUCCCUGAACAACCAGCACCGUGAGAUGGAGCUACUUAAGAGAGAAGAGGAGAAGCUGCAGUCCCUGGUGCUCCAGCUGACAGAGGAGGGCUGCCAGCUCAGGUCAGCCCAACAACAACAGCUCUUAGAAAUACAGGCAGAGCUUCAUGCCAAGACCUCCAGUCAGACCUCUAACACCCAAGAGGAGUUGACUGAGUGCAGGAGGCACUCCUGUGGAGACAUCCAGCAGUAUCUGCAGGGUGGGCUGAGAGCCCUUGAGCACAGAUAUGAACCCAUUUUGCUGGCGCUGCUGAAGAGAAGAGAGGCAACAGCUGGAGUGCUGGUGAAAGCCAAAGAGCAGGCCCAGGAACUGAAGUCCCAGCUGAGACCCCUAAAGGAGGAGAUCCAAAAGCUGAUGCUCCAGAGGGCUUGUUUGGAGGAGAAACUCAAACUGAUCCACAUACAUCGGAGAGAGGAUGUGGGGCAGUACAAGGAGACAGUGUACAAUCUGGAGGAGAGCAGCAGAGAACUGAAGACUGAGUUAAAGAUUCAGAAGAAAAAAGCCAAAGACAUGGAGGAGUUGAGAGACAGCCUUACCAAACAACUCCUCCUUUACAGGGCUGCCAUUGAGGACCAUAACAAGUGUGACCAUGAGGAGAACACAUGAUCAUGUACAUCACAGACACAUGAACUUAGUUCCAUGAUUUAAAAACUGAUCCUUUUUUUUUUUAUCUGCAACAUAGUGAACUCCAAGGUUCAAUUAAUGCACUUUAUACACACUAAGAGAUGCUGUUAAAACACAUUAAACUAAGAUUGAAAAGGUUUUUCAGAACAGUCUGUUAAGAUGAACUAGACUGCUGCUUGUAGAAACGUUUUUGUUAUGAAUAAAGGCUUUGUGCUUCUUGUAA